CCCCGCCCCUCGUCGCUUGUGCAGGGCGGCCGGCUGGCUACCGGGCGCAGGCGGGUGCGGCCGCGGCUCGGGAGGCUGCCCCCGCCUGGCGUGUGCGCCGGGUCGUGCCGUUCUGGGCGCGAGCGCGGGCGGUGCCGGCCGCUGCAGGUGACACCGGCGCGGUGAGGGCCGACCCUGUGGAGUGCUGAUUGUCAAACCCAGGGCCUCACACAUCUCCAUUCCCAUCCUAAAUGUCUCCUAAGGUCCAAACAAAUUAUAAUUAAACACCCCUUUCCGAAUCAUUUGUCCUUAGGAAAAAAGGAUGCACACAUUAACCAUAAUCUCAGACCUCCGGUCCUCACACUGUAUCAGGCGACUCUCCACAUCGAAGGUCACAGGAAGACAGAGCACCUACGGUCUGACCUUUGUUUUGCAGAUGAGGAAAUUGAGACACAGAAUAUCUUAAUGGUAGAACCAAAAUACAAAGUUGGACAGUUUUGACUUCUGUACUUGUAACUUGGACACUGUGCUGGGCCUUCAGUAAGCUCUAAAAGAUGAGUCGUGGAUAUUCAGAAAACAAUAAUUUCCUGAAUAAUAAUAACCAAAUGGUAUUGGAUAUGAUCCUUUAUCCAUUGAUUGGAAUCCCUCAGACGAUCAACUGGGAAACUGUGGCAAGGCUUGUGCCUGGAUUAACGCCCAAAGAGUGUGUGAAAAGGUUUGAUGAGCUAAAGAGCUGCGGGAGUUCACCUGUUGAUAACCAGUAUAACCCUUUAAUGGCUACUGGAGAGGGUCCUGUUGAAACUUUAGCUACUUACAUUAAAUCUUCACUUCUGGACACACAAGGAGAUUUUCAAGAGACUGCUGUUGAUCAAGAUACAGUUUCUAAAGCAGGAAGACAUAGUAUAGCUACCACAAGGAAUUGCUCUUCAGAAAGUGAAAACUGUACUGCUCGUAAUGCUGGAGAAGAGGCUGGAGAAUCUGAAGGGCCAAACAUGGUGAUCCAUGUAUGUGAUGAAGCAAAAAGCUUGAAAGAAGAUUUUAUUUGCCCACGAGAUCUUUUGAUAUCAGAAAUGAAGUACUUUGCUGAAUAUUUAUCUAUGGAUGCCCAGCGCUGGGAAGAGGUGGACAUUUCAGUUCAUUGUGAUGUUCACAUUUUCAACUGGUUGAUAAAAUAUGUUAAAAGGAACACUAAGGAGAACAAAGAUUGUGAGAUUCCCGCUUUAGAGCCAGGAAAUGUCAUUUCAAUCCUUAUUUCUUCAGAGUUCUUGAAGAUGGAUUCAUUAGUUGAACAAUGUAUUCAAUAUUGCCAUAAAAAUAUGAAUGCCAUAGUAGCUGCUCCAUGCAACAUGAACUGUAUCAAUGCAAACCUUCUCACACGCAUAGCUGAUCUGUUUACACACAAUGAAAUUGAUGACUUAAAAGACAAAAAAGAUAAGUUUAGGAGUAAACUGUUUUGUAAGAAGAUUGAAAGACUGUUUGAUCCUGAAUACUCCAAUCCAGAUUCCCGAAACAAUGCAGCAACACUCUAUCGAUGCUGUUUGUGUAAGAAACUUUUAACCAGAGAAACAGAAAGAAGAAUUCCUUGCAUCCCUGGAAAAAUCAAUGUGGAUCGACAUGGAAAUAUUAUCUACAUCCACAUAAGAGAUAAAACCUGGGAUGUACAUGAAUAUUUGAAUAGUCUUUUUGAAGAAUUAAAAUCUUGGAGAGAUGUUUAUUGGCGUUUGUGGGGCACAAUCAACUGGUUGACUUGUUCAAGGUGUUACCAGGCUUUUCUCUGUAUUGAAUACUCACAUUGUCAGUAUCACUCAGAAGUGGUAGUUUAUUCUAGCACAGUAAAUUCACUAAACACUGUGGGCACUGGAAUUUAUCCCUGCUGUAACCAGAAGGUUCUUCGAUUUGAUCCCACUCAGCUCACAAAAGGCUGUAAAGUGAGGGACCACAUGGUUCUUCUUCAUGAUCAAGGAGAAAAUGAUGAUGUACUUUCUUGUCCAACUGCUAAAAUACUGGAGGAUCUGCACAAGCACAAAGAUGUCAUUGUUGUACCUUUUUCAAAAGAUGCCAUUAGUGACCCCGGGGUUGGCUCCUGUGAUGAGAAAGGCCUGGAGUGUGAAAUUUUACUGGAGCCAAACACGCCGUGGGGCUCCAAAGCUGGGGAGCUCAAUGCUUUCUUGUCACUGAAAAACUGGACUCUGCAGUUGAAACAGCAGUCGUUGUUCUCAGAAGAGGAAGAGUACACCACCGGGUCCGAGGUCACUGAAGAUGAAGUUGGUGAUGAAGAAGAAAUUGCCAAGAAACAAAGGAAAAAGGAGAAGCCAAAGAAAUUUACUAAGCCACCAAAAAAACAACUGUCCUCACCCUGUUCUCAAAAGAAAGAGAAGACACUGGAGAAGUCAACUUCUAGAGAUGUGUCUCCUUUUGUUGUGAGUAUGCAGAAGAAUAAGUGGGAUGCCACAAGAUCCUUGAGAUUCAACCAAGAUGCACAAAGAGAAGAUGAUCAGCGACGGAUGUCUGAAAUUACAGGGCAUCUAAUAAAAAUGAGAUUGGGUGAUCUGGACCGAGUCAAGGCAAAGGAAUCAAAAGAAUUUGCAGGAGGUAUUUAUUCUAGGCUUGAAGCACAAAUCAAAGCCUCAGUGCCUGUCACUGCCCGGCAAAACAGCUCAGACAAAAACCAGAGGUCUAAAAGUCGUUUUGGUCAAGGGCGUCCUGCAUAAAGCACCCUAAAUAUAAAAAGAGAGAAGGCACACUCUGGACAUCUGAAAUGCUCACUUCUUGAAGAUCUUCAAACAGUGACUGCUAGGUGCUCUAUGAGUUAUCCCUGCAGACCACAGAAUCAUGCUACAGUGACUGCUAGGUGUUCUAUUAGUUAUCCCUGCAGACCACAGAAAUCAUGCUACAGUGACUGCUAGGUGUUCUAUUAGUUAUCCCUGCAGACCACAGAAAUCAUGCUUACACAAAUAUAUAGUUAGGUUUCGUUAAAAAUCUUAACUGUAUAUAUAAAUUUUAUUAUAUAAAUUUCUCUUUGUAUAAUUCUAGGCUGUGUAGAAGAUAAUUGCAAACUUUACAUAGUUAAUUGACAAAGAGAAGGUCUAACUUGUCAAAUAAUUAAGUUGGUAAGAUCUUAAGAAAUUAAGGGUACAUGACUGGUAGUGUUACUAUGCAUGGACACUGAUCAUUGUAUGUUUGGGGACUGUUGAAUCUUAGGCAUAGCAUUGAGAAAUGAAUUUUGUAUGAUGAACUGUCCAGUGAUGUUAAAUUUAGUUUGUAUGGAUAUUAAGGAGUAACAGAUCUGGAAGCUGUGUUAAUAGAAUUUCAAGGCAAGGUUAUUUCAAUACCAUGUUGGUCAAGAAGGGUUAAUCUUUUCAGUAUUGUUACAUGGAAGGUACAAUGUUAUUCAACUUCUGUUUCUUUCAGUUUUUCAUGCUUAUCUGUAAAUCAUAUGAGCCUAAAAUCUGGUCCUGGCCUCUCUCCUGGAUGAAGCUAGUGACAUUCUGAAUCUAAAGCAGCAUGUGAUGGGCUUCAGGUAGUGAGUCAUUUGAGUUCUGUGGCACAGUCAGGUGCAGGUUUCUCAGACCCAGCCAUCCUCUAAUCUACUUCAAUAUCCUCACAGCGAAUGAUCGCUAGCUACGAAGAGAUGUCUUAAAGUUCCCAGAUUGAUGAGGUAGCUGGAAAUUUCAUAUGUUCAAAUAAAACUAUUUUAUAGAUCAUGUUUUAAUUUUUUUCUAACUUAGGUAGAUAGCAUACUCAGGGAAAUUUUGUUCCAGACUUUAAGCAUGUACUAAGUUAUAUGUUUGGAAAUUGUUAAUAGUUCUCUGAGAACCAUGAGAUAUAUACUGUUUCUAUGUCUAGUUUUUCUUUGCCUUGUGAUUCAUGUCUUCAAAUUGUUCAGAGAAUAAAUCUUGAUAACAUGUCACAGAACAGCAAUUAUAAAAGAAAAAUUCAAGUCUUACACCUAGUUUACACAAAAGAAAUUAUAAUUUUUAGUAUCUUUUGGUUGCUAUAUGAAGCUCUUAAUCAUUUGAUAAUUAUGCUUUUAAUAUCUAUUUGGAAAUUUUAUUCUGGUAUACAGAUGCUUUUCAGUUACUGAUACUUUGGAAAUAGCUUAUAUCAUAUUUAUUUUCAAGAAAGUGUUUUUUCGUAUGUGAUGUGUAAGUCCCAUGAGUUACCAGUCUUAUCGUUGGCUCCUGGAUUCUCUGAUAGAAGGAUUUGGAUUUAUAUGUGUAAGUGGCCUGUGAUCAUUGUGAUUAGAAGGGAAUAUGCUCUUUUGAUUUUCACAGAUGAUAAAAGUACUCAUUGCUUCUCCCUGGAGGGGGCUGAUUUACUGAUUGCUGUUAACAGACUUUAUUGAAAUCUGAUUCUAUAUGGAAUGUGCUUUUUAUUUUGUAUCCUUCUGUGAUACAUGGACAGUCAUUUCUUCUGCCAAGUACUUUAAGGUUUUCCUUGCAUUAAUUCUGAGUUCAAACUUAUUGAAAUAAAUGGCAGUGACAAAAAUUGUGGAGAAAGUCCCUUGAUCUGACUCGUUCUGCUGUCUGAGAAGACUGGAGUACUCUGUAUUCUACAUAAUUCCCUGGAAAAUUGGCUGUGAAAAUCUUAGGUUUUAAGAUUAUUAUUUGAGUGUGGCAGCACCCCGUCAACUUUGGAAACUGAAGUAGGAAAAUCCUUCAUUCAAAACCCUGCCUGUCUCAAGAACAUUUAGCAAAGCAUUUAAGGGUUGAAAUCCUACAGUGGGCCAAGCGUAUAGCUCAGUAGUAGUGCACUUGCCUCAGUAGAUGCACAGUAGCCUGGGUUUGAUCCCCACUCACACAGGCGUGAGUGGAAACCCCACAGGAAAGGUGACCUGGUAUCACUGCUGCUGCGCAGUUGCCCGACAGCAUGUUACCUUUCUUUGCAAUGUUCAACCAGGAAUUGUGAGGUAUUUAAUUGUUUUGGUACCCGAGGCUGAAACUAUCAUAUUUUUUGCUGAUGGCAAAUUUAAAUAAACAUUUUAAAGCCUUUUGU